AUGGUCAACGUUACGUACGAUACAACAGGGACUCUUGUUGCCAAUGUAGAUGGCACUGAGACCGUGUACAAUGGCGGUGACAUGGCAUGGGGUAAGUCGAAGAUUCAUUCCCGCUUGGUCGAUACGGCCACUGACUUCGUCGACGGCAACCCGAACGGGAACCGAGCGCUGACAUGCUAAAAAUCGCCUCGAUUUUGUUGUCGCAGUGCUUGUCUCCGGUGUUCUCGUCAUGAUCAUGGUGAGUGUGGUCCAUAUCCUUCCCGGUGUUCUCGGACGGAGAUCGACACGAGCCACGCCGCGGAGGAACCGGGCCGAAGUUCACGCCGCUGACCAUGCCUCGCCUAUCCUCCCUCGUUCACUCGAUGCACAGUCCCCCGGAGUCGGUUUCCUCUAUUCUGGUCUUUUGCGUAGGAAGAACGCCUUGUCGAUGAUGAUGCUCGGUGUCCUUGUGUGAGUUUCGUCGCUUUCUUCCACUCUUCUCUGAUCCCAGUGGUUAUCCGGGCUUCAUCCCAACCGGGCCGCGGCGAUGAUACGGCUUUUGAUUCGAUGGCGAUAGAGGUCUGGGCGGUUUCUGAGUACCAACGGCCCUUUAACGCGAGACGAUUCAUCUUGUGAAUGACAGUAGCUGAAUUUCCGGUUGCAAAUCUUGCCUUGUGUACAGCUAUGCGGUUAUUACAAUUCAGUGGUUCUUUUGGGGCUACUCGUUGGCUUUUGUGAGUGCUGCUGUUGCCGCGUUUGGGUGGUCAACUCUGUCCAGGCCGGGCUCUUCCCUCAUUUCCUUGAAUCUAGAUAUACAAAGCGCUGACACUCUUCUUUAUUCUCGCUGUGAACCAUUUUCUUCGUGCCGGGAUACAGAGCAGCACCGGCAGUUCCUUCAUCGGCGACUUGAAGCACUUCGGCCUCAUGAACGUCACGCUCGAACCAUCCGCCGGGUCCUCCAAGAUUCCUGCUCUGUUGUAUUACUUCUACCAAUCCAUGUUCGCCACCGUGACUGUGGUUAUUCUUGUUGGAGGUAUUGCAGAACGUGCACGUAUCCUACCGCUUCGUAAGUCGAAAAAUUCGUUCGCGGACGGUGCGGGUCAAAAAUUGAUCGCCGUCGCUUGCUGGCCCCUGUACAGUCAUUUUCUGCUUCUGCUGGGCCACCAUCGUGUACGAUCCUAUUGCCAACUGGGUCUGGAACCCCAACGGAUGGCUCUACAAGCUCGGCGAGCUCGACUUUGCCGGCGGAGGACCCGUCCACAUCACCUCGGUCAGUUUAUGGCGAGCCCCUGUUGGUGCAGAAGUCCCCGUUGUCCGUUGCUGACCCACGACGCUCUCUCACAGGGAACCGCUGGCUUUGCGUGGUCGCUCUACUUGGGCCGUCGUCGCGGUUACGGUACAGCCAAGCUCGCUUACCGCCCCCACUCGGUCUUCCAAAUCAUCCUCGGCACCGUCUUCCUCUGGUUCGGCUGGUUCGGCUUUAACGGUGGAUCCGAACUCGCGAUGAACUUGCGCGCAGUCCAGGCCUCGACUGUCACCAACAUCGCUGCCGCUAUGGGUGGAAUCACCUGGUUCGCGAUGGAUUGGUUCUACACCAAGAAGUGGUCUGCUGUCUCGAUGUGCUCCGGUAUCCUCGCUGGUCUCGUCGGCAUCACCCCUGCGGCUGGUUAUGUUGGCUCUCCCGCGGCGUUGGCCAUUGGAUUCCUCACCGCGAUUGCAUGCAACUUUGGCACUGGCCUCAAAGUUCUGCUCGGAAUCGAUGAUGCAGUCGACUCGUUCGCGCUCCACGCCAUUGGCGGCUACUGCGGAUCCGUCUUGACUGCGCUCUUCGCCGAUAGCCGCGUCGCCGGAUUUGAUGGCUACACCGAGAUUCCUGGUCAGUAAUAGCAACUAUUUGAUUAUUGCUUUGAUUCAAUCAGACUGACGCGUAAAUGGGCACUGAACAGGCGGCUGGAUCAACCACAACUACAUCCAGCUUGGGUGGCAACUCGCCGGAGCGACGACGAUCAUGGCUUACACCUUCGUCGUCACCUACCUGCUCCUCUUUGUCAUCGACCACAUUCCUGGUCUCAAACUCCGAGCUACUGAGGACAUGGAGAUUCUUGGUAUUGACGAGACCGAGGUGAGUUUCCCGUGAAAGGCUGCACUGUUACAGAACUCUUGAGCAGCUCAACUGACUCGAUCGACCCCCUUAAUGCAAUGCACUCAGCUCGGCGAGAACGCCUACGACUUUGGUGAGUCGAUAGCGUUCUAGACUUUUGGCAUUCUUGAAAGCUGACCAGGAUUGUCUUGAUAUUCACAUUGCAGUCUUCCGCAACCGUGAUCUUGAGAACGUGAGUUUCUGCUUCCGAUAGAACAUUGUACGGCUGAGAGCCAAGUCUGACCGCUCAUCUACUGCACACCACCAUAGCCCGAGGAAUUCUCCGAAUUGCACAACCGAGCAACUGGCGAAGACCUUAGCCGCCAAGUGAGCCAUCACUCGUCGUCGAGCCACAACAAGGACAUCAAGUCGCCCUACUCCGCUGUCCCCGUGACGGGGGAGAAAUUGAGCGUUUGA